AUGGAGAAAAAGGACCAACAUGAGACCGCAACGGAGGCUGCGAGGCCGGCUUCCAAGUCCUUCAAGGGAGGGAGCAGCGGAUACCAGGCCAGAGCUGCUGGAGCAUCUAUCAGCGCCAGCGACAUCGAAGACGAGGCGGGGAGCAUCGCUGCAAAAGCGCUUAGCUACGGAGACCCGGACCCCGAGAAGUCGCGCCGUGUCCUGAGAAAGCUCGAUACUUACAUCCUCCCGUGCCUCUGCAUCACAUACUCCCUGCAGUUUAUGGACAAAGCAUCGCUGUCGUACAGCUCUGUCUAUGGAAUCAUCCAAGACACCCAUCUGACUGGCCAGGAUUAUUCUUGGGCAUCAUCAAUCUUCUUCUUUGGCUUCAUGCUUGCCCAAUAUCCGGGCAUGGUUAUCAUGCAGAGAUUCCCAAUCGCCAAGUUCCUAGGAUACAGCAUCGUCAUCUGGGGGUUCGCUUUGAUGGCAACAGCAGCCAGCUCGUCCUUUGUCGGACUUGCCGCGGCGAGAUUCGUACUCAGAAUGGCCGAAGCAACCAUCACGCCGGGCUUUGUGGCCAUGACCAGCAUAUGGUGGACGCGCCGCGAGCAGGCCGGCAGGUCGGCGCUGUGGCUAUCUUUUCUCGGCGUGGGCGGCUUUGUCGGGUCGCUUGCCAUUUUCGGCAUCGGCCACAUCCACGGUAGCCUGUCCUCGUGGCGGUACAUCUUCCUGAUUCUGGGGUCCGUCACCGUAAUGUGGGGAUUCGUCUUCCUGUUCUUUGUGCCCGACGGCCCGGCGCAGGUGAGGUGGCUGAGCGCGGACGAAAAGGUGGUGGCGGUCCAGCGGGUGAUCGAGAACAGGAUGGGGACCAAGAGCAGGAGAUUCGUCAAGGCGCAGGUCGUCGAGGCACUCACGGGCCCCAAGGUCAUCGUCCUUGGGUUGCUGCAGUUCGUUAUCGCCACCGCAGCGGGAGGCUUCUCCUUUGGACCCCUCAUCAUCUCUGGCUUCGGGUUUGACCCCCUACAGACGACGCUCAUGAUGCUGCCGUACACGGCCGUCCAGGUCAUCUCACAGUUGGGCUGUGGGCUGCUAACAUCAAAAAUCCCCAACUCCCGGCUGCAUGUUGCCAGCCUAGCCAUGUUGCCGCCAAUCGCCGGCACGAUUCUCAUUUCACAGCUGCCAACCGAGAACAAAUGGGGCCGCGUGACAGGCUUCUGGGUCCUCGGAUUUCACCUGGUGGUCUUCACCAUCGCUCUUGGGCUGCUGGGCACAAACAUCGCCGGCAGCACCAAACGUUCCGUGGCGCUUGGCUGGUCCUUUGUGUCCUUCGGCGUCGGCAAUAUCGCCGGGCCGCAUUUUUUCAAAAGCUCAGAGGCACCCGUCUACCAGAGCGGCAUCAUCUCCAUGCUGUGCAGCUUUGUCCUCGCGCUCAUUCUCGCACAGAUACUGCGUCUCAUGUGCGUGGCGGAGAACAAAAAACGCAACAGGGAGCUGGCAAGGAGGAGUCCGGACGAGAUUGCUGAGCUCAAGCGCAUCGGCGACCGACAAGGCUUUGAGGAUGUCACUGAUAAAGAGAACGUAAGUGAUCAGAGUGAGUCACCCUUGUCUGGGAGAAAGACCGCUCGCUGA